GGCCUCCAAGCCCUCCAACCUCCAGCAUGCUCCAUCCAGCUUAGCAACCUAGUAGUGUUGGGCACAUUCGGCUGCGUUCUAGACAGUACUGAGCGAGCGAAUGAAGGAGAGAGCGGAACGCGCGGAACGAGCGCAGGCCGGGGUUCAUUUCGUAAGAACGGUGAGCACAACCAUCCAUCCAUUCUCGCAAACACAACACUUUGGACCUCGUUGACUUGACUGAUCCGAACAUAUUAUCAGGAGAGAGAGGUCCAUCUCCAUCCUUCAAGAGUUCAUUCAUGUCUGUGGAAUUGGCGACGUUGAAGGUAGCAAGGUAGCAAGCCCAAUUAUCGUCAUGUGGUUAUCGCGUGCGGCCGUCUCGAGAUCCAGCAGCACGCUGCGGGUUUCGGUCCCAGCCAAUAGGCCCUGUCCGAUGACAGGCGUAACGGCGGGUGUUUUCAAUCCUGCCACUGCUAGCGCCGGAUGGGCCCGGACUAUACCUACUGGCCUGUCCCUUAUUAGGGUGGGUUCGGCUCGGAAUGCUCGCCUCUUUCACACGAGCAUCGGGCGGUGGAAGGUGAAAGAUUACUACGAGACCUUGGGCGUGGGUCGCGAUGCUACGGCCAAGGACGUUAAGAAGGCUUACUAUCAGUUGGCUAAGAAAUAUCACCCGGACACCAACAAAGGCGACAAAGACGCCCAAGCCAAGUUUCAGGCUGUGUCCGAGGCCUAUGAAUGUCUGUCCGAUGAUAGCAAACGCAAACAGUAUGACACCUUUGGCAGUGCCGGCGGCGCUGGACCCGGGGCGGGUGGACAUCCUUUUGGCGGAGCAGGUGGAUUCACUGGAGGCUACGAUUUCAAAUCCUCGAUAGACCCCGAGGAGCUCUUUCGCACCAUUUUUGGCGACCAAUUUCGCUCAGGUGGACGAUCCGGGUUUUCCGACGGGUUUAGAGAAACGCAAUUCGACUUUGGCGCGCCGCAAGAAUAUCAAAUGCGGCUUAAGUUUCGUGAAGCGGCCAAAGGCAUCAAAAAGGACCUGAAAGUGACGAUUAUGGACUCGUGCGGGACGUGCCAAGGCUCAGGCAGUGAACCGGGAACCAAACCCGAGCGUUGUCCUCAUUGUCAAGGUACGGGUAUGGAAACUGUCACGACCGGACCUUUCAUGAUGCGCUCCACUUGUCGGCGAUGUCACGGCAAGGGCACGCAUAUCAAGAGCCCGUGCCGGGACUGCCGAGGUCGCGGACAGACCAAACAAGCUCAGACUGUGGUGGUGCCGGUGCCCGCCGGGGUGGAAGACGGCCAGACCGUCCGUAUGCCCGUCGGGCGGAAAGAGAUUUUCAUUACGUUUUCGGUAGAGAAAUCAGACUACUUCAAGCGCCAGGGCAGCGACGUGCAUACCGAGGCCAAAAUUUCCUUAGCUCAGGCCGUGUUGGGCGGAACCAUCCGGGUGCAAGGCAUUCACGAGGACAUGAAUGUGUCCAUUCCAUCGGGCACAUCUUCGCAUACGCGAAUGCGCAUGAAAGGCAAAGGUAUCGCCAAAAGCAGCGGCUUAGGCCAUGGCGAUCACUACAUUCACGUCAAGAUUGAAGUGCCUCAAAAAGUGGAUGACAAGAGUAAAGCCCUCUGGCAAGCCUACGCCGAACUCGAACCCAACACGCCGGGCACUGUCCAUGGCUUCACCUAUGAUAAAGGAGGUAAGAAAGUGCUGAUGGAGGAUCCCGAUGGUCUGGUGGCUGAUAUUCGCGAGGCGCUUGAAGACGACCAACCCGAGAAUGGCCAAGACACCAAUGCUUCUUGAGCCCAAUCGUUCAAUAAAGAAUAUAUAUCAGACUA